GCUCAAAAGUUUUAUGGACUUCUACAAGUUCCACGCGGGCAAAUGCUGCGGCAUAAAUUACGACGCGGUCCCUUUGCACGGUGCACUGGACAUUGUGGCCACGGCAAUGACAUCAAUAAUCUGCGGAAACGUGCUAAAAAAGAGACAACAGCCUGGAAUGUUUCGCGAUGCGUACACUUGCGUUCGCUGUCAAGACACGGCGGUGUUCCCGGAUGAAAUUAUCCGAGAAGUGGACGUAAUUCUGACGUGUUUGCAAAGAUGCUGCGCCAUCCAGGACAUAAUAUGUCACAUAAAGAGUGUCUUGUGCAGUUUGGAGAGAUUAGCGGCUUGCGGCAUGUCGGAGAAACUUCGAACGUUGUCUCUCCUCUUGAAGGAAAUAAUGAAGAAGCUGAUUUGCUCCUGCCAACGGCUGGAAGAACCGUUCGCCAAUACGCAGGCCAAACUGACGCUAAAUCUUGCGAAUAACUUUAUUCGUGAUUGGAGUGAAAAGAGGCCUGAGACACGACUCUGUCUGAAGUUAUGCCGGUUUUGCGAUCGUAUUGUCCGUGAGGCCAAUCGACAGUGGGGUACAUUUUGCUGCAACGAAGCUCAACAAUUUCACGACAUCCGAAUGGAGUGGAUUCUACGUCAGUCGAUAUCAGACGCCGCUAGAGACGAGUCGAUCGAUGAGAGGGCAAAAUCAAUGUCACCGAGGAUAGACGAGCGAUUCGACGACGAUUUAAGAACGCACGUGCCCGCGGAUGGGUCUCGCGCUGUAACUGCGACGGAUCUAGAGGGCAGAGACGCGAGAUUCGACGACGAUGAGGGCGCGAGGGGAACAACGGUGCAUCGAUCUGCCCGCGAGACACGUCGCGCCGUGGCUGCAGCGUUUUUCACGAGGAAAACAGAGGCAGAAAGAUACGGCGAGUCGGCCCGGGAAACGGAUAAAUUUGACAGAGUCGUGGGCAGGGAUUUAACAAAGACGGUAGCUCGUGCGCCGGCGGUUGAAGAGACGAGAGGAGAAAUAAAGAGGGGCCGCGAUAUCGACAGAACCGGCGAGUAUCCUAUCACGCCAGAUGGACGGGAGGAACGUGACGAUGUCCCGUAUAAAAGUAAGCUCGACAAGAUCCGUGGAUCGCGCGGUUUACGUGACGCGAACGAUGAACGAGCGGCCGCCGGGGAAACGAGGGAAAUUAAAAGGGACGUGAAAUAUUCGAGCCCGAUCGUGCACGGGGAAUUCGCGAGAACGGAGACCGAAGAUGUUGCUGGGAAUCGGACGAAAGAACGGAAGGAAAUUACGUCGAUGGCGGAGAGAUCGGCGAAAAUGAAGAAAAUGACAAUUGCCGAAAAGAAAGGGAGGAAAUUAUACAGAAAUAGAUUGGAAGUAAAUGAACCGAAGGAACACGUUGAAACAACAAUCGAUACGAACAUCGAAGAGAAAAUAAGCGGUGGUGGGCGUAAGAAGAAGCUAAGAGAGGAAGAGAUGGACGAAAUGGCGGAUAUAAACGAGAGCAAAGUGGCUGGUAGACAAAAGAGGAAGAAGAAGGCAGAUGCGUUUGAUAGUGGGAGAAAGGUGUCUUAUAGGUUUGAUGAAGAAGGAAAAGUUCUUAAGCGUGAUGGAAAGAGGAAAAGUCGCUCGAGCAAGGAACGAGACGAAACUGAGUCUGACUUAACGAAGAAACAUAGAAACGUUAAGCGUGGUACAAGCAGCGGCGAGGAUAAAUCAACAAUGCAUUCGGAGAGCAAGAUGGAGAGACGACUUGAUUCUAAUGGAACGAGCGACGAUCAUAGCAAGACGAAUGGAUCUCAUUACAAUAAAAAAAAGGUGGCAUCUGAAAAAUUCAACGACGCCCAAAUCGACGAUCGAAGCCCGAUCGAGUACCAAUUAUCGAACGAGCACUUCGUGAGGCUCGGCUGGACUGUGCUCCCGGUUGCCAAAAUCAUGAGGAAAAUUAUCCAGUAUCAAGCAAAGCCUGCAAAGCCUCAUCUCGACUGGUUCAAAAAGCAUAAACUCAAUGGAAGAAUGUACUACGAUGAUGGAUCUCGUACCUUUGUCAAUUUUCACACUGAUAGGUCAGCAGAAGUAUUUUAUCCGAAUGGAGUGGUGGCCAUUAAACUUCAGAGACCGCAAAAUCGAAAAUGUAAUUAUUGAGCUAAAGACACAAAUAUAUUUCAAUCGCGAUCGAUAAUCUUCUUGAAGGUUAAACUUUGA